GUUCUUGUCCCGUCCUCUGCCCUCACCCAAAAUGGCCGCGGGCGCCUCCGUCCAUCCCUGAGGCGGGACCAGCGCUGAGGGCGCGGGACGCGGAGGCGGCCGAGGAUCUUUAGAAGGCGGCUGGAGGCCGGGCAGUGAGGUUUGAUGAGUGACACUGGGCUGCUGGGAGUUGCUGUUGAAGAUGUACAUGUUGGUUGAAAAACGCACAAAUUCCCAUCUGCACCUGAAGAGGUCACCUGGCAUCCGCUCCUGGUCUCUCUGUGUUGGAAUAGCCUCCAUAGGUUUGGCUGCUGCUUAUUAUAGUGCAGACAGCUUGGCAUGGAAGCUCUUCUACAUGGCUGGGUGUUUCUUUGUGGCAGCCCAGAAUCUGGAGCAGUGGGAGGAAGCUGUAUUUGAUAAAAACAAGGGAACAAUCUGCCUAAAAACAUUCAACCUCUACAAAAAAAUCCUGACCUUGUCAAAAGGAGGCAAUGAACAAGUGGUGGCCGUGCUGAGCGAGAUCCGCGAUGUGAACGUGGAGGAGGAGGCCGUGCGCUAUUUCGGGAAGGGCCACCUGGUGGUGCUGCGCUUCGUCACCGGCUUCUCACACCCGCUCACCCAGAGCGCCGUGCUGGGCUGCAGAAGUGAUGUGGAAGCAGUUGCCAAACUCAUUACGAGUUUUCUGGAACUGGACAGAGUGGAGACCCCACAAGAUUUCUCCCAGAGCAGCGAAACAGAGGCAAGUGAUGCAGAUGAGCCACAGGUUAAAUACUGAUAGUCAUUGUGAACUGAAGCAAGCAGAGGCUUUCACACAUCUGGAAAAUAUUCUGGUUGUUCUUCAGAACAAGAAACCCCUCACAACCUUGAUCUGGGCAUUUCUCAACGUGUGCAUUUACAAUGGGUGGAAUCUGUCUUAGGGCCCAUUGUUUAGUGCUAAACUGCUUCAAGACCCUGCAUGUGGACACUGCUGGCUUUUGAACUUCUGUCACCUCAUCAAACUUGUCUAGGAAUAGUUAUUUAUUAAUGAAUUGGUUUGAAAUAAUUGCUUUUCCAUUAAUGAAGAUACAGAUGUGAGCUUCUGCUUACUGCAAACAUUUGCUGCAGGUACAGUAUAUGCAAUGUAGAAGAGUUGAAUUUGUAACUCAAUACACAAUGCUUUGAGGUUUCCCCUUUAAUAUAUGCAAUUAGGAGAUGCAGAGUAGUGGCACUUUUAUGUUCUCUACUACUGACUUGCCACUGGAUAUCUGUGGAAAUUAAAGUCUGAGUGCCUCUCUUGGAAUUUUAAACAUCAGG